UUGCAAAAUCUGUAGCAAAAUGCCGCCAAAAACCCCAGUCGGAAAAUCCGCAGGCAAAAAGGCCGUCAAGAAGCAGGUUGGAGAGGGCAAGAAGAAGAGAAAGUCAAGACGUAAGGAAAGCUAUGCUAUCUACAUCUACAAGGUGCUGAAGCAAGUCCACCCCGACACCGGUAUCUCGAGCAAGGCCAUGGUCAUCAUGAACUCGUUCGUGCACGACAUCUUCGAGCGCAUCGCUGGUGAAGCUUCCCGCCUGGCGCACUACAACAAGAAGUCCACCAUCACGAGCAGGGAAAUCCAGACGGCCGUUCGUCUGCUUCUCCCCGGUGAGCUGGCCAAGCACGCCGUGAGCGAGGGAACCAAGGCCGUCACCAAGUACACCAGCAGCAAGUAAACGGUACAAUCCGUGCUGCACAAAACAACGGCUCUUUUAGGAGCCACCCAAAUGACACGAAAGUCAUGGCCGUGCAUCUUAUCUGUGAUACGAUUCCCAAUUUUGCCCCAUUUCCAGUUUUCCCGCAUAUACUCUCACGUUAUGACGGCCGGAUAAAAGUAAUACUUGGCCAAAUAAUAGUUUUGGCUUUGAAUUCUGGAUAACAAGAAUACUAUUCUUAAAAAAAGGUUUAAACUUUCGUAGUAUAUGAUAAAUACGUAUUUUAGGGUACUUGGAUCUCAGUUAUCUCAUUGAUAAUAUUAUAUUAUUUCGGCGCCAAAAGUCGUUUAUGAUAAUGAUGCGCGCCCUUUUCUACCCUCGAUCUGGAGCCUAUCAACGGGCUAUAGGAUAAUCAACGUAGGAAUAUGUGCUUAUUCAACACUAACAAGACAUUAGACUUCAUAGAAUGUAAUGUGUUGCUUUGAGGCCAUAUUUAGUUCGCAUCGAAAAGGAUAACUUUUACUCAAGAGAGAGGCGCUAUUGUUUUCGUUCAAUAUGCAGCCCUUGUUGUACCAAAUAUAAUUUUAGCAAACUUGAAAUUGUCGUGCACAAUUUGCUGGAUUAGGUCUAGAAUCUGAAAUGUUGCUAGGUUGUCCAUACACGAAGGCAAAAAAAAUAGCAGAAGUCAAGCCAAAAACAGUCAGAACAAAGUUUAAACCUAUGGCAAAAAAAAUAAUGAUAAAAGCUGAGAUAAUAGCC